UUUUAACAUAAAAAAACAUCAUAACAGGUAUUCCUAAAAUAAUUCUUAGGCGUUGGUAAGAAAAAGGCUGAAGGAUAACUUUACCACUUUGCCAGGAGAGGCGAACAGCAGCGUGGACAAAUGCCUACGCCACUGCUCAGCUCUUCGAAAAACACACUCAUCCCGGGCGCCGCCGGAAGUAGGUGCCGGAAGUGGGCUGUCCCGCGCGCGGUUCGCUGGGACUUGUAGUUGGGGGCCCAUGGCGAGGGCACRGGUCAGUUUGCGGAUCACUGCGUUGCCAGGUGUGGGAUCUCACGUGGGAGGAAUCUGCAUUUCCCUGAGAGGAAGAUAUGACAAAGUUCCAGGAGACAUGAAUGAAAGUUCUGUGGAAAACCAAGAGAAAGAACUUCAGGAUCUGUUAUGGCAUCUACUGGCUAAUUUUGAAAGAGAUGACAAUAUAAUACCUGGAAUCUGGAUUAUAAACCCUUAAAGAAGUACAUGGGGAUCCUGAGAUAUUUCCCUGUGUCAAAAGUGGAGAGAAGCAUCUUGUCAUAGUUCCAGAAACAGGAAUAGUGUAGUUACUCUUCAAAGUGAUGAUUUCAGAAACAUUGCAAAUGAAAUAUAUUUGUCUUUGAUUCCAAGCCAAAUGGCCACACAAGACUCCCCUGUGAAAUUCUGUAAGAAAGAACUUCAGGAUCCUCAGGAGAGCAGAGAUCUUUUUGUAACUGAAGAAAGCACUGAGAGAAAAGUAAUAAGAGGGGAAAAUCUUUCGAUAAACCAUUGUUCAGAAAACCUUCAAGUUAAACUUGUGUCUGAUGUAACAGAACUGGAGUCACCAUUGUUUGGUCAUGAGGCAAAUUGCCAGAGUAGACAGUUGGAGGGUUCUUUGGGUCCCUUUGACUGUAACUGUAAAGAUAUUUAUAGAUGGAGAUCACAGUUGGUUAGCUGUAGUCAUCAGAGAGCUCACACAGAGGAACAACCCUGUAACCAUAAUGACUGUGAGAAAAUACCAAUUACCAGCCCAGAUGUUCACCCCUCUGAAAAAAUCCAUACUGCAGACAAACAGUGCAAAUGUGGUGGGUGUGGCAAGGACUUCAGUCAGAACUCAGAAAUACCACUUCAUCAGAGAGACCACACAGAAGGAAAACCCUACAAAUGUGAGCAGUGUGGGAAGGGCUUCACCAGGAGCUCUAGUCUGCUUAUCCAUCACGCAGUCCAUACGGGCGAGAAACCUUAUAAAUGUGACAAGUGUGGGAAGGGCUUCAGUCAGAGCUCCAAACUGCACAUCCACCAGCGAGUCCAUACUGGGGAGAAACCCUAUGAGUGUGGGGAGUGUGGGAUGAGCUUCAGUCAGCGCUCAAACCUGCACAUCCACCAGCGAGUCCACACAGGAGAGAGGCCCUACAAGUGUGGAGAGUGUGGGAAGGGCUUUAGCCAGAGCUCAAACCUUCACAUUCACCGGUGCAUCCACACAGGAGAGAAGCCUUACCAGUGCUAUGAGUGUGGGAAGGGUUUUAGCCAGAGCUCAGACCUUCGCAUCCAUCUCAGGGUCCACACUGGGGAGAAGCCCUAUCACUGCGGCAAGUGUGGGAAAGGGUUCAGCCAGAGUUCCAAACUCCUUAUCCACCAGAGAGUGCAUACUGGAGAGAAGCCCUAUGAGUGCAGCAAAUGUGGAAAGGGCUUCAGCCAGAGCUCCAACCUUCACAUCCACCAGCGAGUUCACAGGAAAGAUCCCCACUAAGUGACAUGAACCUGUUCAAGCUUUUGAGUACUUGUACUAUAAAGACUCAAAUAUUUUUAGUAUAACUCUUACUGUAUCUCAUGAAGGAGAUAGAUAGUAAGGUUAUUCAUAUAUGUUCCCUCACUGAAAAAUCAUUCAUCCAUUUAAAGUAUUUAAGUAUCAUGCACUGUGUUAUGCUAUACAAUGAGUGGACUAUUAUUCUGGUUGAUGACAGUGAAAACAUCUGUGCUGUGCAAUUUAGCAGUGUUAUUAGAAUUAUGUAUCCUAUCCAGAAUUUUUAACUGCAAGAACUUUAUGUUUAUCCAAGCAGGGCAUGUUUUUCUUUGUUCACAUUCUCUUGAGAAAUUAGACUUAUUGUUUCUCUUCAAAUUAUGUGCCUUAUGUUUUUCAUAUUUCCUUUAGGUUCUACGUAGCCCUCUAAAAUUCAAGAGCAGGGAUCAAGUUACUAAUGGAAAUGGAAAAUGGUAUAAGCCUUUGGAAAACAAUUGGCUGUUCCUAUAAAGUGAGACAAACUUAUCACCUGGCAUGGUAAUUCCACUUCUAGGAGUUUACUUUAAGAAUAGUGAAAAUUAAUGUUCACCCAUAGCCUUUACAUGAAAGUUCUUUGCAAGUUUAUAACAGGUGUAAUAGAGUGAAAACAACCUAAGUAUCCAUCAGAAGAUGAAAAAGCAAAACAAACCAGAGAUCCAUAUAAUGAAUACUUUUUUCAUAGUAAAAAGAAACUGCUGAGAAAACAACAGGGAUGAAUUGCAAAAGCAUUAUGCCAAGGGAAAGAAUUCAGGCUCAAAUUACUGCAUAAUGUAUAGGAAAUUCUAGAAAAGGCAAAUCUGUAACGAGAUAAAGCAGUUUAGUGGUUGUUAGUGGGGUAAGAGGUGACUGAAGUGGCAUAAGGGAUGGAAAUUUUCUGUAACUGUCUGAUCAUUCAAUUGAGAUAACUCACUACCUUCAGACCAGCCUGAGGGAUGGAAAUUUUCUAUAUCAGGUUUGACUACAUGACUGCAUUCACUGAAUUGCUCACAUAAAUGGGUGGAUUUUAUUGUUUAUAAAUUGUACCUCGAUAAAACUAAUUGACAUAAACACACCAGUGCACAUCACCUUGACAUCAAAACACUGGUUUCACAAUCUCUCCUUAGGCAGCGUUGGCAGUUUGUUCUACUAUUGAAAACUGGAGUUUUAAACUCUGCUGUUAGAUAGAUACUAACCAUGGGUUUCUUUGAACUCAGGGAAAAAUUCUCCCCACAUAAUUUUUGGUCAGGUUUUCUUGGGUCACCAACUGAUCUCUAAUUUCCUGAGAACACUGGCUCAUUUAUAUGAAUUUUCCUCCCACAGA